AUGUCAGACAAGAAAGAUUUGAAAAUAGGUUCAAAGAUCGAGCCCAUAGUAUCGUUUACAAAAGAUGACUUAGAAGACAAGGAGCGCCAUGUAUUGACAACUUUUGUCUCCCCACAAGGGAAGGAGGUAAUGGUAACGAACAAUGUCGAUCAAGCAAUGAAAUUUGCCGUAGAACAUAAAGGCGAGCAGGUUCAAUUAGACGCAGAGACCGCCAGAAAAUUGCUCCGCAAGAUAGACUUGUUUUUGUUGCCAGUAAUGUGUUUGUUAUACUGCUUCCAAUUUAUGGAUAAACUCACAACAAGCUACAGUUCCAUCUUGGGAUUACGGACAGAAUUACACAUGGUCGGAGACAUGUACAGCUGGACCACGACAUGCUUCUAUCUAGGAUAUUUGGUAUUUGAGUUCCCAGCGUCAUUACUACUUCAAAGAUUCCCGGUGGCCAAGACCGUUGGAUGCUUCAUUGUCGUAUGGGGUAUGAUUUUGGCAUUGUGUUCAGUCCCACAAUAUGCUGGGUUCAUUGUUUUGAGAACGCUCCUUGGGAUGCUUGAGCUGGCUGUGACCCCAGCGUUUGGAAUCAUUACAUCGCAAUGGUACAAGAAAGAGGAACAAUUUUUGAGGACCGCAUGGUGGUUUGCAUCUAACGGUAUUGGAACAAUUCUUGGACUGGCUAUUGCUUACGGAUUGUACGAGAACCAGGGAUCAUACAGCUUACCUGCUUGGAAGCUAGUAUUUAUAGUCACUGGUGUUUUGACUAUCUUCUUGGGCUUUAUCAUCAUGAUACAUAUCCCUGACACCCCAACUAAGGCUUGGUUCCUUUCAGAGUCAGAAAAGGUGUUGGUUGUCGAAAGAAUUAGAUCAAAUCAACAAGGAUUUGGUAAUCCAAGAUUUAAAAAGGAGCAGUUCAUCGAGGCUCUAACCGAUCACCGUACGUGGUUAUUUUUCUUAUUUUCAGUUUCUAACAAUAUACCAAAUGGCGGAAUCACCAGUUUUGGAACAAUUUUGUUGAAUGAACAGUUCAAGUUUACUGUUUCAAAGUCGUUAUUGAUGCAGAUGCCAUCUGGUGCUGUUGAAAUUGUUGGUUGUGUGUUGUUUGCUUGGGUAGCAAAGUUUUUGAAAUCAAGAAUGUUGAUGGCAUGUAUCAUUACUGCCGUAGUGGUUAUGUCACAAUGUCUUUUGGCAUUUGCGCCCACAGACACCGGGAAACUAGCUGGAUACUAUUUGUACACCCUUGGCCCAGUUGGGUUCAUUUGUAUCUUGUCCCAAGUUUCAUCAUCAGUGGCUGGUCACACCAAAAAAAUUACAGUCAACGCUCUCUUCUUGAUUGGUUACUGUGUUGGUAAUUUGGUUGGACCGCAAACUUUCAUUGAUAAUCAAGCUCCAGACUACGCUGGUGCUAAAAUUGCGAUUGUGGUUUGCGGUAGUGUAUCACUUGUAUGUUUGAUCGCUAUCUAUAUAUCUUAUUAUUUGGAGAACAAAAAACGCGAUUCACUACCACCGGUUGAUAUGAGCCACAUUGAGAAUUACGAAUUUGCCGAUCUCACUGAUAAGGAAAAUCCAAAUUUCAGAUAUGCCCUAUAA